AUGCGGCGUGGAGGACCGGGGGCACCGGCUCUCUCGGGGUGUCCCGAUGGAUCCCAGGGAUCUAAGUACAUCCCGGGGAUCCCGGGGGAGUUCGGUGCAUCCCGGCGGAUCUCGAGGUGCAUCCAGGAGGUCCGGGUGGAAUCCCGGGGGUCUCGGUGGAUCCCGGUAGAUCCUGGCAGUUUCGGUGCAUCCCAGGGGCACUGGUGGAUCCCGGGGGGGCUUCAGCGCAUCUCUGGGGUCCCGGUGGAUCCCGGGGGUCCCGGUAGAUCCCGGCUGUCUCGGUGGAUCCCGGGGUUCCCGGUGCCUCCCGCGGUGCGGGCUCCGCCGGCGGCGCUGCGGGACACCGAGCCGAGAGGUGCCCCCUCUGCUGCCCCCGCUGCGGCCCCACCGGCAGCCGCGCCCCCGCCCGAAAUAGCGCGGGGCGGAGCCGGGGCCGCCAUGGCGAGGCAACCAGCGAAGACGCUGUGGUACGACCGGCCACGGUACGUCUACCUGGAGUUCUGCGUUGAGGACAGCAGAGAUGUCAAGGUCACCAUUGAGGACCAGCGGCUGGUGUUUAGUUGCAAAAAUGCAGACGGCGUGGAGUUCUACAACGAGAUUAACUUGUACGCCAGGAUCAACUCCAAGGACUCGCAGGAGAAGCGCUCUGACCGCUCCAUCACGUGCUUUAUGAGGAAGUGGAAGGAGAAAGUGGCUUGGCCUCGCAUCACCAAGGAGAACAUCAAGCCGGCUUGGCUUUCUGUAGACUUUGACAACUGGCGAGACUGGGAAGGGGACGAGGAGGUGGAGAGGGCAAUGGUGGAGCAGUACGCUGAGAUGCUGGAGAAGGUGACAGACAAAGGGCCUCCCCCGGCCAUGGAUGACCUGGACUUCGCCACCAGGGUGGUGUCGUGCCGGGCGGCGGAGCUGCAGCCCGAGGGCGGCGGGGAGCCCCUGCAGGGGUUCCAAGUGGUGCUGGAGGACACCAUCCUCUUCCCUGAGGGCGGAGGGCAGCCGGAUGACCGUGGCCUCAUCGGCACCGUGCCGGUGCUGCGCGUGAGCCGGCAGGGCUCCGAGGCCGUUCACUUCGUGCAGGCGCCGCUGGAGCCGGGUGCUGAGGUGCUGCUGUCACUGGACUGGGAGCGCCGCUUCGACCACAUGCAGCAGCACUCAGGCCAGCAUCUCAUCACUGCUAUUGCAGAUCAGAUGUUUGGAUUCAAGACAACCUCAUGGGAGCUGGGCCGCCAGCGAAGUGUCAUUGAGCUGGACACCCCCUCGGUGACAGCGGAACAAAUAGAGGCGCUGGAGACGAGCGUGAAUGAGAAAAUCCGGGAGAGGGUGCCUGUGACAGUGAGGGAGCUGGCUGCAGGUGACCCUGAAAUCGAAAGAGUGAGAAGCCGUGGUUUGCCAGACGACCAUGUGGGGCCAGUGCGAGUCAUCGACAUCGAAGGCGUCGACUCCAGCUUGUGCUGUGGGACUCACGUCUCCAACCUGAGUGACCUGCAGGUUAUUAAACUCCUUGGCACAGAAAAAGGGAAAAAGAACAAAACCACCUUGGUUUUCCUGGCAGGAAACAGAGUGCUGAAGUCAAUCGGACAAAGUCACAGCACCGAGAAGGCUCUGACCACGCUGCUCAAAAACGGACCAAGUGAGCACGUCGAGGCUGUGAAGAGACUGCAGAGCUCGGUGAAACAGCUCCAGAAGAAUAACUUGAACCUCCUUAGAGACAUCGCUGUUUUGAUAGCCCGGGACUUCAAGAGCAAACCUGUUCAGAGCCAGCUCUUUGUGUUGCACAGGAAAGAGGGUGACACUGAAUUUAUGAAUAUCAUCGCUAAUGAGAUCGGGACAGAGGAAACCCUGCUGUUCCUGACUGUGGGAGAUGAGAAAGAAGCAGGACUCUUUCUUCUAGCUGGACCUGUUGAAGCAGUUGAGAAUUUAGGCCCCAGGGUGGCAGAGCUGCUGGGAGGCAAAGGAGCUGGGAAACGAGGCCGCUUUCAGGGCAAGGCAACCAAGAUGAGUCAACGAGGAGAAGUACAAGCUCUCCUCCAGGAAUUCAUCAGCCAUCGAAGCCCUGAAUUGUAAGAAACUACUCUCAAAGUAGCGCUAUCUUCUCUCCUUUGCAUAAGCUCUACUAACUUCUGUCCCAGAGAAUAAAGACAUAAAAGGA